CUGGGAGACGACUGGGAUCCUGAAUCCGCCCAGCGCGCCCUGACUGCGGUGGUGGACGGUGUGCAUACACUCCGCGGCGACGCCCUAUUGAUCGCCGGGGACGUUUUCGACAACGCUCGAAUAUCCGAUGCCGUGCUGGAGUUCUUCGUCAGCGAGAUUGCCCGCGCUGUUGUCCCAACGGUGGUGCUGCCCGGCAACCACGACCUUUUCGAUGCCUCCUCGCUGUACCAUCGUUCUCCCUUCUCAGACUCGCCUGACAAUCUCCAUAUCAUCAGUGGUACCCGCGGGCAGACCCUGACUUUCCCUGAACUCACGCUGGAAAUCUGGGGCCGCGCUAUGGACAGUCACACUCCGGCCUUUCGACCGUUGGCCGGCAUACCGUCCAAACGCAACGGGCAGUGGAGCGUCGCCAUGGCGCACGGCCACUUUCACUUCCUCGACGAUACCGAGGAGCGAUCUUCACCCAUACGCCCCCACGAAAUAGCCGAGGCGUCUUGCGACUACAUCGCCCUGGGCCACUGGGAGCGCUUCGAGGACGUGUCACAAAACGGCGUUACGGCGUUUUAUUCCGGCUCCCCAAUGGGCGCGUCUCCCAACCGGGGCAACGUGGCGGUCAACGUCGUCGACCUGGAUCCGCAAGCGUCCCGGGCAGUUGUCGUUUCGCAGGUCGAACUGCCGAUGGCUGGCGCGUCAUCCAUGAACCUUCCGAUUGCCGCUGACAAUUGA